UGACCAUCAAAUUUGGAUUAUUGUGUUCUAGACUAGGUAAGCAGAACAUUUGCUUCCAGAGAAAAUGGCAUGGACAUUUUGUAUAUUCUUAAUGAUUUGGACAGUAUGUAGAGGAGAAAAUGCUUCAAAGUGUUCUGCAGCUCCCAACAACCGCUUUGACUGUGCACCAGAAAAGAUCUUAAACGAGGAAGAAUGUGAAGCUCGUGGGUGCUGUUAUAUUUCCGAUGAUAGUUUGGGAACUGGUCAGCCUGCUUGCUUUUUCCCACCAGACUAUCCAAACUACAAGAUGACUGACUUCACUGAAACAAACUAUGGAUACACUGCCAUCCUCAGUCGCAUGAAACAUACAUUUAUGCCUAAUGAUCUGAUGAAACUGCGCAUGGAUGUUUUUUUUGAGACACAGUACAGAUUGCGUAUUAUUAUAAAAGACGCAAUUCAGAAGAGAUAUGAAGUUCCUAUAGAGACACCACAGGUCACAGAAAAAGCAGACCCUGUCCAGUAUGAUGUACAAUUCACUAAUGAAUCCUUCGGCUUCAGAGUCAGCAGGAAAUGCAAUGGGAAUGUUUUGGUGGACACCAAUAUUGCCCCAUUUAUCUUUGCUGAUCAAUUCAUACAAAUGUCUACAUCUCUUUCAUCUUCCUACGUAUAUGGCCUUGGGGAACAUCUCACUUCUAUCAACUUAGACCUCGAGUGGAAAAAACUCACAUUUUGGAACAGAGACCUGAUUCCACGGAAAGAUGCUAAUCUAUAUGGUUCACACCCAUUUUAUCUAAGUUUUGAAAAGGGUGGUUCUGCUUAUGGAGUAUUCCUGCUCAACAGCAAUGCCAUGGAUAUCAUACUGCAGCCAGCUCCUGCUUUGACCUGGAGGACCAUUGGAGGCAUUGUGGAUAUGUAUUUGUUUAUGGGCCCUGACCCAAAAACUGUUAUUAAGCAGUAUCAGGAAGUCAUUGGGUUUCCCUUCAUGCCACCAUACUGGGCCUUUGGCUUCCACUUAUGCCGCUGGGGGUACAAUUCAUCUGCUAUGACUCGGGAAGCAGUGGAAAAAACAAGGGCUGCUGGUAUACCUCUAGAAGUGCAGUGGAAUGAUAUUGACUACAUGGAUGCAUACCGAGAUUUCACAUAUGACCCGGACCAUUUUGGAGAUUUGCCAGAGAUGGUGAAUGAUUUGCAUGACAUGGGCAUGAAAUAUGUGGCGAUAAUGGAACCAGCCAUUGGCAAUAGUAGUCCUCCUGGAAGCUAUCCACCCUAUGAAGAUGGAUUACAGAGAGGCAUUUAUGUUACCAAUGAAACCGGACAGCCUCUUGUGGGCAAGGUCUGGCCUGGCAAUACUGUGUUUGUUGAUUUCACAAACCCUGAAGCUCACAAAUGGUGGCACGACAUGUUCAAGGCCUUUCAUGACAAAGUACCUUUUGAUGGGGCUUGGAUUGACAUGAAUGAGCCGGCUAAUAAUGUUCAUGGCUCCUUGAAUGGAUGUCCAGACAACAGUAUUGAAAACCCACCAUAUGUGCCUGAUGUUGUUGGGAAAGUAUUACGUGAUACCACCAUCUGUGCCUCCAGCUACCAGAACAUCUCAUCACACUACAAUCUUCAUAAUAUGUAUGGACUUUUUGAAGCAAUAGCAACUCAUGAUGCAUUAGUGAAAAUCCGUAACAAACGUCCUUUUGUGAUCUCUCGAUCCAAUUUCCCCACUCUUGGGCGCUAUGCUGGACACUGGACAGGAGACUUAGAAAGCACCUGGGAGCAGCUUUACUAUACAAUACCUGCUAUCGUACUGUGUAAUAUGUACGGAAUCCCACUAGUGGGGGCAGAUCUCUGUGGAUUUGUAGGGGAUGCCUCGGAGGAGCUAUGUGUACGCUGGAGCCAGGUUGGGGCCUUUUAUCCAUUCAUGAGAAAUCACAACACUAAAGAUGCAAAGUCACAGGAGCCAUAUGUUUUCAGCAAAAAAGCUGUGGAUGCCAUACGAAAAGCUACACUAGCAAGAUAUAUGCUGCUUCCCUAUAUGUACACAUUGUUUUAUAAAUCCCACAUGUCUGGUGAAACUGUGGUUCGAGCCCCUUUUAUGGAGUUUCCUCAUGACCAAAAUACAUGGACAAUUGACCACCAGUUCAUGUGGGGAGAAGCUCUUCUAAUCACCCCAGUUGUGGAGCAGGGAAAAACCGUAGUAACAGGAUAUUUUCCUGCUGGAAUGUGGUACAGUCCAGUCCGGGGUACAGGAUUCGAAAGUAAAGGUGAAUGGAAAACCUUUCCAGCUCCUUUGGACACUAUUCAUUAUCACAUUAGAGGUGGCUAUAUCAUACCUGCUCAGGAACCAGCUAUGACUACAACAGAGAUGCGCAGAAAUGGUUUGAUACUGAUGGUAGCACUUACAAAGGAUGGAGCAGCUCGUGGAGAACUAUAUUGGGAUGAUGGAGAUAGCCUGGACACAUAUGAGAGGGGAGACUACAGCCUGAUUACAUUUUCAGCUCAAGAUAAUACCCUUGCCAGUAAAGUGGUGAAAUUAGAAAAAGAAGCAGAGAGCCUGAAGCUUAAAGUAGUGGGACUGUUUGGAAUAGCAAAUAUUCCUAAAGAAAUCCUGAUUAAUGGUGCCCCCGCUCUAGAUUACCAGUAUUUACAAAAUGAACAGUACCUAAAAAUACAACAACUUGAUCUGCCACUUGGGAGAGAAUUUGAAAUCCAAUGGUCUUUUUCUUCCUCUUCAGUGAAGGUUGAUCUUUAGCCAUAAAUGAUGGGAAGUUGGUGAAGAGCACAUUAUCUCCAUUGCAAAAAUAUUUGAUUGCAAACUUGGACCGUAAUCAGUCUUGCUUUAUCUGU